AUGGAGGGAGUCUCUUUUGCAUACCCAUCGAGGCCCAAUCAGUUGGUGCUCCGCAAAGUCAGCCUGGACUUUCCAGCUGGUAAACAUACUGCUAUUGUUGGCCCUUCUGGAAGUGGCAAAUCCACCAUUCAGUCGCUUAUUGCAAGGUUGCAGUCCCCUCAAGAAGGAGCCAUUCUACUCGAUGGUCAUGAUAUUCGAGAACUCAACGUCAAAAGCCUUAGGGGAUUUCUUGGGCUGGUUCAGCAAGAGCCUUCGCUGCUGGACCGCUCCAUUCUGGAAAAUAUUGCCCUUGGCCUUGUCAGCUCGCCACAUCCCUCACAUGCGCACCUUCAAGGAGUAUUAUACGGGUCAGACCUCGCAGAACUUGCAUCUCAUGGCAAAGAUGUGUUCGCCGUCGCAAAAAAGCAGGGUGGCGCUAUUGCAGAGAUUGUGGAUCUUGUUCGUCAAGCCGCAGAUUUAGCCGAUGCUUCUAGCUUCAUUGAUCGUCUUGAGAAGGGAUGGGGUACGAUGGCUGGUUCCGGUGGCUCCAUGCUUAGCGGUGGUCAGAGACAGCGAGUUGCAGUUGCGCGUGCACUCGUCCGUGACCCGAAGAUUCUCAUUCUUGAUGAGGCUACCGCGUCUCUCGACUCAGCUAGCGAGAGACGCAUUCAAGCUGCAGUAGAGCGAGCUGCUAAAAGCAGAACGGUCAUCUCAAUUGCUCAUCGCUUAUCCACCAUUCGAAACGCCGAUUCAAUUAUUGUCAUGCAAGCGGGCGAGGUCGUAGAACAGGGAAGCUACGAGGAGCUGAUCGCUCGAGAAGACGGCGUCUUUGCCCACCUGGCACGUCUUCAAUCGCUUACUGGAUCAGAUGAGAUUGAAGCAAAAUCCACAGCUAGCAUCAACGAUACACUGAGCUCAUCCUCGUCAAAAGCCGAGAUUGAUCUAGGUUUGGAUGAAGAAAAGAUCGACGCAUUACAGGAUCAUACCUCUCCAGUGGUCUCAUCCCCGAAACAAGAGCAAGCAGACAAUGACAAUGACAAAGACAAAGAUGACUUGGCUGAAGAUCUCUCAGCAACGGCUGUCAUCAAGGGUGUUGGGCGACUCGUUCGGCAGUGGCUCAAGUGGAUUAUACUCGCGUUAAUCGCAGCUGCGCUUGUGGGUUGCAAUUUCUCGGCAUCUGGUCUUGUAUUCGGUCACACGGUUGGGGCUUUGAAUCCGUGCAACACCACUGCUGAUCGCGUGAAGUCACUGGGCGAGUUCUACGGAGGGAUUCUCUUCAUGUUAGCCGUAGUUGUGCUUCUCGCCAACUUCGUUACCUGGUCUUCAUUCGGUCUUGUGGCGGAGAGGCUCUUGUACAGUGUACGAGUACUUUCAUUCCGGUCACUACUUGAGCAGCCCGUUAGUUGGCAUCAAUCCGGCAACAGAAGUUCCACAAGCCUUCUGUCUAUUAUCACCAAGGAUAGCGCAGCUCUCGGUGGCUUAAGCGGGUCAAUCAUUGGCACAAUCUUCUCGAUUCUGAUCAACUUCCUUGUCGCCAUCAUCUUAUCCCACAUCAUUGCUUGGAAAAUUGCCAUUGUGUGUCUUGUUGUCGUUCCUAUCCUGCUUGGCGCAGGUCUCAUGCAGUUGCGGAGUUUGUCUCGUUUCGAAGAACGUCACACCGACGCCUACUCCCGUGCGAACGGCAUUGCUGUGGAGGCUGUCAAUUCCAUCAAUACUAUUGCCGCUCUCUCGCUUGAACGGGAGAUCAUGGGAACUUAUUCUCGGGCUUUAAAGGCACCACGAAAGGACAUCGUUUUGGCAAGCGCCUGGGUCAAUGUUUGGCUUGCUAUUAACAAUAGCACGGGAUUUCUAGUGUAUGCUUUUGCAUAUUGGUGGGGCUCACGACUUAUCAUGAGAGGCGAGAACACUCAGACUCAAUUCUUCAUCAUUCUAAUGGCCAUGCUUGUUAGCGCUCAGCUAUGGGGUCAAAUGUUUACGCUCGCCCCAGAGUUCUCGCGUGCUCGCGCAUCGAUUGCUCGUAUAAUCACAGUAAUCAAUCUAGGCUCAGAUGCUCAGCUAGACUCAAAAGAACUGGCAACUACAGCGAACGUGGAGAGACGAGGAUCUUCUGGCACAGAAAGGGACAUCGAAGCAGUAGGGGAAGCAAAGCCGCCAGUGCCUGUGAACAGCAAAGGUGUACGCGUGACUUUUGAUCGCGUAUCGUUCGCGUAUCCCGGAAGACCGGAUGUUCCUGUUCUCCAAGACGUGUCAUUCACUGUCCAGCCCGCCCAGUUCUGUGGUCUGGUGGGCCCAUCUGGAGCGGGAAAGUCAACAAUCAUGGGCCUCGUACAGCGGCUAUACUUCCCAACGACAGGUACCGUGACGAUAGAUGGAGUAGACAUCUCCAAGCAUUCCUUCCGUGAUGAUGUGGCUAUUGUGCCACAAGACACAGCUCUUUUUGAUGGAAGUGUCAAAUUCAACGUUGGCCUUGGAGCCAAACCUGGUCACGAGGCCACCGACGCGGAGAUUGAAGAGGCCUGUCGACUAGCACACAUUCAUGAUACAAUCAUGGCUCUGCCUCAGGGAUAUAACACCGAGUGCGGUCCCCGCGCAUCGCAACUAUCCGGUGGUCAACGGCAGCGACUAUCCAUUGCGCGAGCACUAGUACGCAAGCCCCGUCUCUUGCUCCUGGACGAAAGCACAAGCGCUCUAGACGCGGAGAGUGAAAGAGCACUCCAGGCCAGUCUUGAGGUGGUUGCUCGUGAUGUUACGGUGGUUGCUAUCACACACAGACUUCAUACCGUACAGAAAGCAGAUGUUAUCUAUGUUGUGGAAGGAGGUAAAAUCGUAGACAAGGGUCGACAUGGAGACUUAAUGGAGCGAAGUGAAAGCUAUAGAGUUAAUGCAUUACAGCAGAUGCUGCAGUAG